AUGGCCAGCCGCACGGGCCCGGGCCUCCUAUUUGCUGCCGGCGCCAUAAUCCUGCUGGCCGGCGGCGUGGCGGCGGCGGCAGCCGACAAGCGCCCCCAGCUUUCCGACGAAACGCUGUACCAGCUCCUGUAUGUGGAACCCAACCACUACCUCCAGUCCCUGGGCAACAUCAGCGAUGUGCCGGGCAGCCUGUCCCGGACGUUCCUGAGUCCGGCGCACCGCCGUGCCGCGGGUCGGCUGCGGCGCUGGAUGGCAUCGGCCGGCAUGCGCACAUGGGCGGACCAGAUGGCAAACGUGCAUGGGAUCGUCAAGGCCUCGGACCCCGAGGCCCCCACCAUCAUCCUGGGCUCCCACUACGACACAGUGGUGGACGGCGGCAACAACGCCAACUUCACACUGGACAUCCGCAGCCGCUGGGACAAGAACCGCAAGCAGGUCAUCCAGCAGCUGAAGACCACCAUGGAGGCGGUGUGCGCGCGCCGCAAGCUGCAGUGCCGGCUGUACGUGAAGAACGAGGCGGCGGCGGUGGAGGCGAACCCAGAGCUGGUGGAGGGCCUGCUCAACGCCACCGUGGAUGCGGAGUCUCUGGUGGCGCGGCUGCUGGCGCAGGCCCGGCUGCACGCGCCGCCCGCGCCGCCGCCCGCCGCCACCUGCGCCGCGCCCGCAGACGGCGGCAUGCAAGGCACCCCGUGCGCCGAGCCCCCAGCGGACACCGAAACGACCGACGACAGCGACGCGGGCGCUGACGGCGACGUCACCGGGGAUGCGCUGGUCAGUGGGGCGGGGCACGACGCAAUGGUGUUUGCGGAGGUGACCAAGAUGGGCAUGCUGUUUGUGCGGUGCAGGGACGGCAUCAGCCACUCGCCGCUGGAGCACGUCACGCCCGACGACGUGGCGGCCGCCACCGCCACGCUCUACCGCUACCUGCGCAAGCACCUGCUGUUCAACACCUAG